AUGUCACCAUUUCAGCAUAACCAGGAACCCAUCGCCAUCACCGGCACUGCAUGUCGUUUCGCCGGUGAAGCUUCAUCCCCAGAAGGAUUCUGGGAAAUGCUCAAGAAUGCCAGGACGGGAAGAUCGACAAUCCCAAAGGAUAGAUGGGACGCACAAGAUUGGUACCAUCCAGACCCUGAUAGGAGAGGCACUAUGCACACAAUGCAUGGCUGUUUUCUCAAGGAGGAUGUGUCGCUGUUUGACGCACCCUUCUUCUCAAUCACGGCCAAAGAGGCGGCCUGCAUGGAUCCCAUGAAACGGCUGCUGUUGGAGGUCAGUUAUGAGAGUUUAGAGAAUGCUGGGAUUCCAAUCGAAUCCCUUUCGAACUCGCAGACUGGCUGCUACGUGGGCUGCAUGACCAACGACUACGAGAUGUUGUCCACGAGAGAUCCACUCGAGAAUGGCCGCAUGGCAGCGUCAGCCACCAGCGAGGCCAUGACGGCAAAUCGCAUUUCGUGGUUUUAUGGGCUCAGGGGUCCAAGCCUGACGCUGGAUACUGCAUGCUCAUCAAGUUUAUAUGCGCUACAUCUAGCAUGCCAGUCAUUACGCGCCGGAGAGACAGAUAUGGCAUGCGUUAAUCUGAUACUUCACCCGAACUUUAUGACCCAACUGAGCGAUAUGCACAUGCUCAGCCCCGAUGGGGUCUCGCACAGCUUCGACGCCCGCGCAAAUGGUUACGCGCGCGGAGAGGGCAUCGCCUGCCUUGUGGUUAAAAGGUUAUCCGACGCGGUGCGCGAUGGCGAUAACAUCCGCGCGAUCGUUAGGGCCACGGGCGCCAACGCCGGCGGUAGGGCUCCCAAUAUUACCACCCCGAGCGCCGAUGCUCAGGCGGACCUAAUCCGUCGCACUUACGCAGCGGCUGGGCUGGACUUUGCAGGAACGCAUUACUGCGAGGCCCACGGCACCGGCACCUCACUCGGCGAUCCAAUCGAGGUUUCAGCCAUUGCGGCGACGUUGGGUGCGUGCCGGGGCCCUUCGGAUUUGCCACUGUACAUCGGUAGCGUCAAGGGUAACGUUUCUCACACCGAGGGAUGUUCCGGACUGGCUGGGGUAUUAAAGGUUAUCAUGUGCCUUGAAAAUGGCAUCCUUGUUCCAACAGUUGACGUAACAAAGGUUAACCCAAAGCUGAAGUUGGAGGAGCGGCGGUUAGCACUCGUCUCGGAAACGAUGCCAUGGCCAACCAGGGGCCAAAGGCGCGCUUCUGUAAAUUCUUUUGGGUUUGGCGGGGCCAACGCUCAUGUUAUCCUCGAUGACGUGUACCAUUAUCUGGUCGACCGUGGCUUGCAAGGAAACCACUCCACCGUGGCUUUUCCUGAAGCUCUUUACCCGGCUUCAGACUCAGGCGUUAGUUUCGGGGAGCAGGAGAGCGGGUUUGAAGCUUGGGAUACGCCCCAGAGCCCGGAUAUGCCCCAUCGUCGACUCAAAGUGCCCAUCUUGCUGCCCUUCAGCGCGCAGCAUGAAUCCAGUUUAGAGCAGCUCGUCAAAGCCUAUUACGCAACGGUCAGCUCGGCGAUCCCAGAGCAGGAACACUUUCUCCAAGACCUGGAAUAUACCCUCACGCAGCGCCGCUCCCACUUGGAACGCCGAACCUUUGCCAUCGCAGCUAGUACCGUUAGCCUCCUCUCCAAGCUUAACCAGGGCCUCCCGAAAGCUACACGGGUGGGCAAGUCCAAAGGCGUCGUCUUCGUCUUUACGGGCCAGGGUGCACAGUGGGCGGGCAUGGGCAUAGAUCUUGUCACCAAUGCGGCGCCUGCCAGAGCGAGUUUAGAAACCACGCAGCGGAUUUUGAUCGACCUCGGCUGCAAUUGGGAUGUCGUCACAGAGCUGGCGAGACCAACCGACGAGUCGAAUAUCGAUAAACCGGAGUACAGUCAGGUGCUCUGCACGGCACUCCAGCUGGCCAUGGUUGACCUUCUGCGUGAGUGGUUGAUCCUGCCCAUAGCAACUAUUGGGCACUCGAGCGGCGAAAUCGCAGCGGCGUACGCAAGCGGUGUGCUGUCACAUCGGGACGCCAUCAAGGUCGCAUAUGUCAGGGGCAUCUGCUCCGCGGCGGUGCAACAGCGUGGGGCCAUGCUUGCGGCCGGCUGCUCCCACGAGGAGGCAAUGGGAUAUAUUUCCAAAGUUUGCACGGGCAAAACAUCUGGAGUGGCGGUCGUAGCUUGCAUCAACAGCCCCAACAGUGUCACACUUUCUGGCGACUCGGGGGUCAUAGACGAGCUGGCGGUUAUUUUGGUCGCCGAGGGGCGGUUCGCGCGCAAACUCCGCAUCCAGACGGCAUAUCACUCCCCACAUAUGGAGUCCGUGGCACAGAGGUACCUGAACGAGAUGGGCGUGAUAGAUACGGGGCCGCAGACGUGUCCCAUGUUCUCUUGCGUCACGGGUGAGGCACUUGUAAACCCGAAGGAGCUCCAGCCCGAGUACUGGGUGCGAAAUAUGUGCGGACCUGUGCGAUUCAGCGCCGCGCUCGAGAAGCUGCUGACCACGUCGCCGACUACGGGCGCGGAGAGCCUCAACGCUCGCUGGGGGCCGCUGCUCGAAAUUGGGCCGCACGGCGCGCUGCAAAAUCCUAUGCGGGAUAUUGUGCGAGUUAGCAGAAGCAGGACCGUGAAAGAUACCAGUGUUAUCUCGAUGCUCUCACGAGGCAAAAGUGCCAUCGAGGGGGCUAUGGAGGCAGCUGGAAAACUUUGGAGCCUUGGGCUGCCGGUAGAUUUGGCCCGGGUUAACGGGAGAAUCACUACGGAUGCGGAACUGAGCCAAGACCUGAGAAGGCCAAAAGUCCUCCCCGACCUGCCGUCUUACCCCUGGAAUCAUGAGCGCUCAUACUGGUGCGAGGGUGCAUCAUCCAGGUCGGCACGUUAUCCCACCGGGGGCCCACGAACGGACUUGCUAGGCGUGGCGAUAGAGAUGUUUAACCCAAGCGAGCCGGUGUGGCGGAACCAUCUCAGGCUUUCGGAGAACCCUUGGAUCGAGGACCACUGCAUCACAGGCACGGUCCUUUACCCGGCAGCUGGGAUGCUUGUUAUGGCCAUGGAAGGGCUGAAUAGGCUAGCGCAUGGGGACAGGGGGUUGCGAGGAUUCAAAUUCCGAUCUGUAUCCUUUGAAAGGGGACUGUUAGUGCCCUGGACGGCGGAUAGCUCAGUUGAAACCAGGUUAUCAAUGCACCCAACCGCCCUAGCUGGAGAGUGGAGCUUCACAAUCUAUUCUUUAACCGGCACCCAGACGUCAUGGACAAGGCAUUGCUUUGGGCUGGUGACCCCUGAGUAUGUCGUGGACUCGGACGGCGGCGACAUGGGUGAGGGAAACCCAUACUUGGAAUCGAACAUCCUAAGGCAGCAAUUCAAUCAAAUCAACCAGUCUCAAGGCCUUCAGGAUAUAAACGUCGAAGAGUUUUACGAUGGGCUCUCUGCAGUCGGAAUGGAAUACGGUCCGCUGUUUCGUAACGUCACAAGGCUAAGCUCCCUCCCCGGCAGAUUCACUGCGGUUGGUGAGGUUCGAGUACCAGACACGGCAUCACACAUGCCCAUGAACUAUGAAUACCCGCCUGCGGCCAUUCACCCUGCGGCUCUGGACGCCGUCUUCCAUCUCCUGCUGGCGGCCAUGGGCGACGGGACAGCGCUCACCGAGGCGGCGGUCCCAUUCUCUAUUGAGUAUUUGUUCGUAGCAUCAGCCGCUGCUGGUCAACCCGUAACGCCGGGACACGCAUUCAAAGGCUUUGCGCGCCGCACCAGUUUUAACGGGAGGGAAGCCGUCGGGGAUCUCAUCGUUUCGGACCAGAAGUGGUCCGCGCCCAUGAUUAUCGGACGAGGCUUCGUAGCUAGGCAUAUUGGCAAAUCCUCUUCUUCUGAUGCCGUGGCAGAUUUGGCUGAUGUGCCCGGCGAAGUGGGUAGCUGUGCUUCUGUGAAGUGGAAGGAAGAUGUCGCCUUUCACAGAUUCGAUGGCCAGGGCAAGCCUAAAAUCACCAAUGACUUGGAUGACUACUUGAUUGACUGGGUUGACAAGCUGUGCUUCAAGCAGUCCGACCUCGACGUUUUGCUGGUCAACCCGAGCCUCAGAUGCGCUCAGGCGAUCGCAAGACGAGUUGGGCAUCGAGAAUGUAGCAUUCGUUCACAUAUCGUCGUUGCCACUUCCGAGCACCAAAAGAGACGUCUCUGUCGAAGCCAAGAAUUGCUCAGCAGUCGCCAAAUACAGCCUUUUGAGAGAAGUAGUCAGGAAAUUAAUGAUUCUACCUACGAUCUCGUGGUAGAAUAUUGCAUCGACGGCAACCCAUUGGACCACAUGCACAAAGCUGUCAAGCCUGGUGGAUACUUUGCAAAAGUUGGCUCGGUUGAAAGCGGACCGGGUAUAGAGGAAACACAACAUACCUCAGCCGUUGGAGCCAAGAACGAAGCAGGGUUUCGAAAUUUAGUAUUUGUGCAAGGACCAAACACCACCCGCCUCUUGAUAAGCCACCGCAUCCUGCCCGCCAGGACACAGUUACCAAGAACUGUUUAUCUCCUGACGACAAAAGCCAAGCUCAGCCAUACCGCCUGCAAGAUCCUCCCCAAUAUUGGUAGUAUACUUAGCAGUCAAGGUGUUUCGGUAGAGCUUAUAUCACUUGGCCCUGAACUAAGCAAGCUUAAAGGAAAGCACGUCAUCUCCCUAGUCGAAGCUCAAGAGCCCUGGGUUGUAGAUUGGGGCGAAGAAGACCUUGCCAACUUCCAAACUCUUAUGCGUAACGCACCAAAGCACCUCUUCUGGGUCACCCGAGGCGGCCUCAUGGACCACUGGAGCGCACCACGUGGCGUCGAAUUCGCGCCGACUCAGGGGCUCCUGAGGGUAAUGCGUACCGAAUACGCUCACAUCGUCCUACCGCACUUGGACGUCUCAAUCACGCUCGACGUCGGGUCGGUGACGGGAGCGAGGCUUUUACUCGACGUGUGGAUUGAAACCUUGGCUCCAGGAGACGCGGCUGAUGGUAGACUCCCUGAUAUGGAGUUUGCCGAAAAGGACAGCAGGGUUUUCAUCCCCAGACUGCUGGCAGAAAGGGCGGUCGAUGCCGUCGUGGACUGGUCGCAGGGCUGCAGGCCAGCCCCAUCGAUGGGAUCUCUGCACUGUGGCGUUCCUCUGCAGCUGCGGAGCGCCCCUGGGGAGGACGAAGUAUGGGUAGACGACGAUCAGGCUUCACUGCCCCUGCGCGACGGCGAGGUUCAGGUCGAAGUGAGCUUUGUAGGCCUCGGAGGGUCCGACAUUUCGGUUGCUCGUGUCACAUCUCCACCUGGCAGUGAGGCUGUUGGUGUUGUGAAGAGGAAGGCUCCCGACGUGACGUCAGUGCGGCCUGGGCAGACGGUGUUGGUGCUGACCCAAGGCUGCUUUCGAACCCAUGUCACUGUCCAAUCAUCUUGGUGCAUCCCAAUUCCCGACGCAGUCGAGCCCUCCAAGGCAGCAGGUCUUGGGUUCGUCUCUCUCAUCGCGGCGCAGUAUGCAUUUUCUCAGGUGGCCAAACUUGAGAGGGGCCAACGCGUCCUGAUCCAUAGUGCAGCGGGCGGGCUGGGGCAGGCUGCUAUCCAGGUUGCGACGUCGCUAGGUGCCGAGAUAUGGGCAACCGUCAGCUCGACCGAGAAGAGAAACUUGCUGAUGCAGCAAUAUGGCAUCCCAAACAGUCGUGUUUUUGAUAGCAAAGAUAACGGCUACGUUGCUAGCAUUGCUUACGCCACAGGAGGCGAAGGUAUGGAUGUCAUCUUGGGUUCACGGCCAGAUCAUGCCGCCGGAGCCUCCCUGGAGUGCCUAGCGGACUUUGGCGUGUAUAUCGAUCUGUCACACGGCAGUACUUCGCCCAGAAUGCCAGCAACAAGAUCCCACGCCUCUUACCAUCGGGUUGACGUUGGCAAACUCAUGCAUGCUAAACCCAUACUCGCCCAGGCGCUCUUUUCAAAAGUGCCGUCGUUCACACCGGCCAGCCCACUGACCGUCUGCCAGGCAUCAGAGGCUAGACAGGCGCUCGGCAGACUAGAAACGCGGGCCCAUUAUGGCAAGAUGGUCGUCUCCCUUGACAGAGACGCUCAAGUAUUAACCAUUCCCCGCCCACCACCAACCCUGACACUUGACCCUUCUGGGGUUUACAUCCUGGCAGGUGGCCUUGGCGCCCUAGGUCUAAGUAUGGCCGCGAUGAUGGUGGCCCGCGGCGCCCGGCACGUCGCAUUAUUGUCCCGGUCGGGCCGGAGCGCCCGAAUAGACGAGCGCCUCGACCGUCUUGCGGACGACUAUCCAAAUUGCACGAUUGAAGCCGUCAAAUGCGACAUCUGCGACGAAAAACAGGUACGAGAGGCAUUCAAUUCCAUAGCCAAGCAUGGUCCUAUCAAAGGGAUUGUACAGUGCGCCAUGGUACUGCAGGACUCCAUCUUCGACCGAAUGACCUUUGACAUGUGGCAACGGUCGACGAGUCCCAAGAUUGCAGGUACGCUCAACCUCGCCCGCACGGCACGCCCCCAGAGCCUCGACUUCUUCAUCUUGCUUUCAUCAAUCACUUGCAUCGUGGGCAACGCCGCACAAGCCAACUACGCCGCGGGUAAUGCGUUCCUGGACGCGGUAGCCAGCGCCGCGAGUCCUGGGGCGAACCUGGUCUCUCUUGACGUGGGGCUGGUGGCGGACUCGUCACAUUUUACAGAACCGGGCUCUAGCUCGACGGUGGCGGCCCUGGAACGAAAGGGAGAUAACAAAUCAGCACCGGAUAUGACGUCUUACUUGUCCAUGUAUGACCACGGCUGGCGCGGUCUGCAGACGACAACUGCGCGACUGACAGCGGUGCUGGAGGCGGCAAUGCGGAGUCGCGACGAGCGGCGAGGUUUCCCGUCCCACAUCGUGGUCGGACUGGGUGAGGGGGUGGUUGCCAUGCCGGGUCAGUGGAUGAACGAUCGCAAGUUCGAGCACCGGGUGCGACGCCAGGAGACCACCGGUGAUGCCGACGCGGAUGUUGAUGGUGACAGGUCGCUGUUGUCGCCAGGGGCCGCCGAGAUGGCGCUCAAGUCUGCCGCUACAUCGGUAGACGCGGUGGCCGUGGUGCAAAGGACGCUGAAAGGUCUCGUUGCGGAAGCGAUGGGGAUGAAGAGCGAUGACAUUGACAGCAGCAAGCCACUAUUUGACUACGGAAUCGACUCUCUCAAAGCGGUUGAAUUCAAGAAUUUCAUCAUGCGCGCAUGGCAAAGUGAGAUUUCUGUCUUUGCCCUUCUCGGGGACACGACAAUUAGUAAGCUUGCCAUUGAAAUCACAGGCAUUAGCAAUGUUGUGGCGACAACCGUGGCGAAAGAGGCUCUUGAAAACGCGUGUGAUGAUUAG